CACGUUCGCCAUGGCAUCGGUGAUGGGCUCAUGCAGUUCUAGUUGAAGUAGGUGAGCGUGUGCCAGCAAGAUCCACUUUGAGAUUUGGUGUUAACCCUCAGCCUACCCAAAUGCAGAUUCUCUUGGCCUCACAUGGAGUCUAUCGCGUGUUGGCCACCAGUGGGACUUCCGGUAUGCUUCCGAAAUCAUUGCGGAAUCGGAUGAUCAAGUACACCGCUGCCUUCAUGGAACUCGGUCCAAGGAGUCUGGGGAAAACUCGACAGGACGAAGGCUGACCCUGGCCUGCAAAGGAAUUCUGCGUCAGCGAAUAGUCCUAGACAGCCUGACUUUCUAUGCAUGUGCGUUCGGGAACCAUGGGAUAUUGUGCACAUGGUUGGCCGGAUGCACAUCGUUCAGUUGGAAGAGCUAUCGAGUUCCCGGGAAUGGAGAAGCCAUGUGCUGCCAGGAUAUCUGCAACCGCGCACCCGAUCUAUGUUGUGGAACUUAAGCAAUGCAAGUCCACUUCGAUGUUUUCUUGGAAGGCGGGUUGGCACACUCGCGGAUUCAAACGGUCUCCUCCGUGUGCCAGGGCGCCUUGUAUCCCAUCCACAUCUCGUCUGCAACGGCGGAAGUAAUCAACGACAGUCCGGAUUGUGCCAGCAGCGAUAUGUUACAUGCGCCAAUGUGGGAAGUGCGUAUGUCCUAUUUUCACCAUGGCCCGACUUCGAUUGCGACGGGUAUAUACCACCCGCAACCAAACGCCGCUUCGUGUCGCUUCAUACCCUGCCAGUACUCGCACGAGGUAUAGCAUCGGCCGAGUUACCCUUCUUUCUCAUGGGAGCCAUGGUAUCCAGACGGUUCGACGGAUGCAGGUGUGAUUCGGUUAUUCAAACCCUCGACGGGAUAUCAUGGUGUCACGUGAUCGGUCAAAGCCCCGGUUCCAAGGUUCGACGAGGACGGCAGUGUGAGAGGGGCUUCGAGGACAACGCCCGUUGAUCAAAAGGCGUAUAUAUGUCGUCAGAUACGAUCUAUGUCCUCUGAAGAUUGCCUUCAUCCUGCUAGACUCGGAUCGUUGUUGCUGCCGACGGGCUUGGAAAGGGUGA